AUGAAAUUAAUCGCAAUCACACUUUUCGCUCUCAUCGCAGCUGUUUACUCUGCACCAACUCAAGUUUCCGAUAACAACGUUGGAGACAUCAUCACAGUUGGAAUCAACGCAAAAUUGGACAUUGACAGCACAAUUAAUCAAGAUAUUGUAAGCAUUAUUGUCAAGAUCAUGAAUGAUCAAAGAAUCCGAGUUGGAGGCGGUGGAUUGCCAUUUGAUCAAAGUCAAAUCACACCAGAGAUGAUCGAACAAUUUAGAAGGUUGAUGGCUUAA